AUGAGAGGUGCUAUUCGACUCGCCAAACUGGGGCAUAGCAAGGGAAUUCUAAAAGUCAAAGGAAUUAUAAUACAAAUAAAAGGGCGCGUUGCCGGAAAAGACAGGAAACGUUUCGAAUGGAUUAGAGAUGGUAUAAUUCCCCUACAAACCGCUCGAGCUAAAAUAGAUUAUUGUGCCUAUCCUAUUACAACUUUUCGUGGGGCACUUGAACCCGCUUGGAUUACAUCUAGACAAAUAGAGGCAGGACGCCGGGCAAUGACGCGAAAUGCACGACGCGGAGGAAAAAUAUGGGUACGCAUAUUUCCGGACAAACCAGUUACUAUAAGGACUACAGAAACACGCAUGGGUUCUGGUAAAGGACAUCCCAAGUAUUGGGUUGCUGUUGUUAAACCAGCCGAUAACAGCGGAGCCCGACAAUUAAUGUGUAUUCGAAUCAUAGGGACUAGUACUCGACGCUAUGCUAAGCUCGGUGACAUUAUUGUUGCUGUGAUCAAGGAAGUAGGACCAAAUUCUUCACUAGAAAGAUCAGAAGUGGUCCGAGCUCUAAUUGUACGUACUUGUAAAGAAUUCAAACGGGACGACGGUGUACUAAUGCGAUUUGAUGAUAAUGCUGCCGUUAUUCUUGAUCAAAAAGGAAAUCCAAAAGGAACUAGAAUUUUUGGCCCGAUUCCUGAGGAAUUAAGAGAUUUCAAUUUCACUAAAGUAGUUUCAUUAGCAUCUGAAGUAUUGUAA